AACCAAGCCUUGAAGUGCCAAAAUUCAACUCAACCAAGGCCUUAUCUAUAGUACUAAUCUCUACUUUCCAUUUUCACUGCCACCGACUCAGUUGCUAUUCUUGACCGACACUUAUUAAUGAUCUAUGUGCUGAAUGCCAUAAUAUCAUCCUACAACCCUAAGAAAAGUCUCACAUAACAAACCUAUAUAACCACAUUUUCUUCAUUCUUUCUCAUCAUCAAUACACUAUAUCACACGUUUCUCUUUCUUUGUCUCUUGUUUGUUCCAAUGUCUCUCUCACCUAAACUCCUCAUCUUUUUAUCCUUCCUCUCUUUCACCAUCUCCAUCUCCAUAGCUCAAACCUCUUUCAAACCAAAAGCACUCGUUCUCCCCAUCUCAAAAGACACUUCAUCCUCAACACCUCAAUACACAACCCAAAUCAAACAAGGAACACCACUUGUCCCAAUCAAACUAACACUAGAUCUUGGUGGUGGCUACUUUUGGGCCAACUGUGAAAAAACCAACCAUGUCUCAUCCACCUCAAAACCAAUCCUUUGCACCUCAUCUCAGUGCUCACUCUUCGGCUCAAACGGUUGCAGUAGUAAAAAAAUCUGUGGCCGUUCACCAAGCAACACAGUAACAGGUGUCUCCACAUACGGUGACAUUCACUCAGAUACUGUUUCAAUACAUUCCACAAACGGAAACUAUUCCACAAGAGCUGUUUCUGUUCCCAACUUUCUCUUCAUUUGUGGCUCAAAAGUUGUACAAAACGGUCUUCCCAAAGGUGUCACAGGUAUGGCUGGUCUUGGAAGGACUAAAGUUUCAUUCCCUUCACAGCUUUCAUCAGCUUUCAGUUUCAAAAACAAGUUCGCAAUCUGUUUAAGUUCUGCAUCUAGUUCAUUUCCAAAUUCAAAUGGUGUUCUUUUCUUUGGUGAUGGACCUUAUAAACUCAACAACGAUGUAUCAAAAGUUCUCACUUUUACACCUCUUGUUACAAACCCUAUUAGCACUGCUCCAAGCUCUUUCUUAGGUGAAAAGUCACCUGAGUAUUUCAUUGGUGUGAAAUCCAUCAAAGUUUCUGAUAAAAAUGUUAAACUCAACACAACCCUUUUAUCUAUAGACCGAAAAGGCUUCGGCGGAACCAAAAUCAGCACGGUUAAUCCCUACACUGUAAUGGAAACAUCAAUCUACAAAGCUGUUGCUGAGGCCUUUGUGAAAGAGCUAGGAAUUCCAACAGUUGCACCAGUAGCACCAUUUGGAACAUGUUUUGCUAGCAAAGACAUUGGUUUUUCGCCAAUGGGACCGGGUGUGCCGGGCAUUGAACUUGUGUUGCAGAAUGAGAAGGUUAAGUGGAGUUUCAUUGGGGCUAAUUCAAUGGUUUCUGUUGGUAAUAGUGAUGUGAUUUGUUUGGGUUUUGUGGAUGCUGGACAAUAUGGUGCAAAAGCAGAUCAAGUUGGUUUUGUGGUUGGUGGUUCAAAACCAAUGACUGCAAUUACUAUUGGUGCACACCAGUUGGAGAAUAACUUGUUGCAAUUUGAUUUGGAUAAUUCGAGGCUUGGUUUUAGUUCAUUGUUCUUGGAGCAUGAUAACUGUGUAAACUUUAAUUUUACUUCUUCUGCUUAGAACUUUAUGUGUGUAAACUAGAUGGUGAAUAAGUGAGGUUCUUGUAUUGAUGUUUGGAAAAAUAAUGUAUGAUAGUUUAAAUUAAUAGACAUAAACUUCUUAAUAUAA